AUGCAAGUUCAUAACACUCCAAAAUACUUUUCUUUAGGCCUCAAAAACAAACCACAAAAAUUAUCUAAGCUUACAAUUGAAUUACCUGAAACAGACGAUUCUUUGCCCGAAUCUCCAAAAGUUCAAAGCUGCAAAGUGUCCAAGAGAUCCCCUUCUCAUAGACUUAUUGGCUUUUCAAGGCCUAAAGCCAUGAGCAAAACACCAAAAAGUUCUCAUCCUCCCUCUGCUAACUCCCCUCCCCCGUCAACACUCAAGGAAGGGGUUAAUUUUUUUUCUUCAAAAUUUUAAAAAAAUUUGUAAAAAUUGAGAAGUAAAAAUUAAUUUAAUUUGCGAAAUUUAUAUUUUAAAGCUCAAGCUGCCUAAAAAUUAAUCAGAAUUUGCUAGAGAUUUUCGUUAUAAUAAUUAUUUUUCAUAAAAAAUUUUAUAUUUAAAACAUUUUUAUUCGCUCACAGGGGGGAAGUAAGGCAAAAAUUAGCCAUUCUACAAGCAGUACACCUAUAGGUACAUUAAAAUCAUUUCGAUUCCCAGCAACAACAAGAAAUGCCGAUCUCAACAAAACCCCUCUUCCAAUAAAGUCCGUAUCAGCUAAAAAUUUGCUGAAACCCAGAAUCAACUUAAUAAAAAAGAAACUAAAGCCCCGACUUAUCAGCAGCUCGACAUUUAAAAAAAUGUCUCAAGGUCUCAACAAAACUCAGAAAACUGAAAAAGUCCCUGAAACAGGCUCGUCUCCAAAUUUAAGCAGCGUUAUCACACAACUUAAAUCAAGCCAGCCAUAUGAAGCUAACCAAUCCGAUGAAGACGAAAUUGAAAUAACUAGUCAAGCACAGGUCGCAACCAGACACCCCUACCCCCUAAAAGUGGUACCCCCCCCACCCCCCCUUUUAAUGGCACCCCACCCCCCUUAACAUAGCAUAAAUAUAUGGCAAAUGCAAAUUUAGAUCAGCGUGAUAAAUGAAUUAUUAUUUUAAAUAUUCAAAAUUACUGAUUUAUACAAUAUCCACAUAGCGUAGCAGAAUCGAUGAGAACUUCCUAUAACUACUAACUCCCCCCCCCCUCCGUGAGCGAACAAAAAAAAUUUUGUUCGCUCACGGAGGGGGGUUAAUUUUUUUUUUUAAAAACAAUUUAUAUAUAAAAUUUUAUAAAAAAUAUUUUUUUCGAAAUUUAAAAAAAUCCUAAUUUGCAAAAAAUUGGGAAGCAAAUAUUAAUUUAAUUUGCAAAAUUUAUGUUUUAAAACGCAAUUUGUUUAAAAUUAAACAGAAUUAGCUCUAGAUUUCAUUAUACUAAUUAUCACUUAUAUAUCAAAAUUUUUUUCCAUUAAAAUUUUUUCUAUUAAAAAAAUUUUUGUUCACUCACGGAGGGUGGGUUUUUGGUCAAAAAAUAGCGAUUUUUUCUAAUGGUUUUGUUCGCUCACGGAGGGGGGGGGGGGGAGUAAGCACACUACAUAUGAAAAAAUUUGUUAGCAAGCAUAAUAAAGAUCUUUGGUAUUAAUUAGCAGUAUAUCCUGCAUAUAUUUAUGAACUUUAUGUAGCAAUGGGUAAAGAGUCGAAUUAGAGAUCCAAAAGUAAAACUGACAAUUGAAAAUACUAUUUUUAUAGCACUAUUGAAUCCUGUUGCCAAUUCAGUCCUGCAAUCCUUGUACAAUGGGCAUCAGAUUAUGAAUCAAUAAAUUUAAUGCAACUUAUUGUAUUGUGCUUGGCUAAUUUAAUAAUUAAUGCCAUUAUCUAUAUCUUUGGCAUUAUAUUUAUAAAUAUAAAACACACAAAUUUAAUAUAUUUUCUAAUUAAUUGUUAAUUAAUUUAAAUUUAUUAAUUAAUCAUAAAUAUUAAAGUAAUUUAUGGACUUAAUUUAUCAAUAUAGUGUUUUAAUUGGAUUAUAUUUAAAUUAUUUUGCUUGUUUCCUAUCAAUUACUUCUAUAGGAUAAUACCUUUAUUUUUUGAGGGGGGUGGGGUGCCAUCUGUGAAAGAGGGGGUGGGGGUACCAUUUUUAGGGGUGGGGGGGUGUCUGGUUUCGACCUCUGCUUGACCAAAUAACCAAUGAAUUAUGAUACAAAGAGCACUUAUUCAAUACAUUUCAAGGCCUCCAUUUAGUUCAAAUGUUCCCUCCUGCAGAUUUAAAGAUGAUUAAAGAAAAACAACUGAUAAUCCCUCGAAGAAAAGGCUAUGAAACCACAAAAACAGUCAUUUUUGACUUAGACGAGACCUUAGUCCACUGUAGUGACAAUUUUGAAAAUUCUGAUGCUAUUUUGCCUAUUACUUUGCCGUCUGGCGAGUCUAUAGAUAUCGGCAUUAAUAUUCGACCUUAUGCUAUAGAAUGUUUAAAAGCUGCUAAUAAGCACUCAGAAAUAUUUGUGUUUACUGCCUCACAUCGCUGCUAUGCUGAUGUCGUUUUAGACUUUUUAGACCCCAAUAACGAACUAAUUCACCACCGAUUUUACAGAGAAAAUUGUCUUGAGGUCGGAAAAGCACUAAUAAAAGACCUUACUCCCCCCCUCCGUGAGUGAACAAAAAAAUUUUGUUCACUCACUAGGGGGGUUAAUUUUUUUUUUUUUAAAACAAUUUAUAUAUAAAUUUAUAGAAAAUAUUUUUUUCGAAAUUUAAAAAAAUCUUAAUUCGCAAAAAUUGGAAAUCAAAUAUUAAUUUAUUUAUAAAAUUUAUGUUUUAAAAAGCAAUUCGUUUAAAAUUAAACAGAAUUAGCUCGAGAUUUCAUUAUACUAAUUAUCACUUAUAUAUCAAUUUUUUUUUCCUUAAAAAAUUUUUGUUCACUCUCGGAGGGUGGGUUUUUGGGCAAAAAAAUAGGGAUUUUUCUAAUGGUUUUGUUCACUCACGGAGGGGGGGAGUUAGGAUUUUUAAUAGGAAAUUAAAAGACACAGUCAUAGUUGACAACUCAGUCUACGCUUUUGGGUAUCAGCUUGAUAAUGGAAUCCCUAUAAUUUCUUGACACAACAAUAAGCAUGAUAAAGAACUUUUCAAUUUAAUUGACUAUUUAGAAGCAUUAUCUAAGGUAGAAGAUGUCAGAGCUGUAAAUAGGCACGUGUUUCAUCUUCGCACUUUUUACGAGGAUUAUAUAAAAGAGUAUAACUUAUAA